AGCUCGACUUCCAGCCCGGCGAGUGCUGCUGGGAUGCGCCGUGGCCGCGGGCAUGCUGGCCUGCAUCCCGGUGUUGGCCCAGAAACGCGGAGGGGCAGUCACCAGGUCUUCGCGCGAGGGCCACAUCAUCUCCACGCUCAGCGUCGACCCCACGGUCGAAGAGCGGACGGUGUGGAUCAAGUCUGAUGAACAUCAAAAGAUGUGUUUGUCCGUCGCCGGGGGCGAGAACAAGAACGCUGUUCCCGCCCAGAUCGGUUUCUGCGAUUCCAAGGAGACGAGCAUGCAAUUCUUGGUGCCCAAGUCGGGCGACGGCUACAUCAAGUGGGCCAGCCAUCCUGAGAAAUGCCUUCACUCGUCAGGGGGGGAGUUCAUGUGGUGGGAUUGCGACGCGAAGAAGGAAGACCACCAGGUGUUCAAGAUUCCCGGAGGAAGUGCUGGAAAGGUUCAGUUGGUCAGCUCUUCUGAUUGCAUGGCGGUCCCGACGGGCGGAGGCGACACCACGGGAUUCCUGGAGAUGGGAGACUGCGAGCCCGUGAAUGCGAACUUCAUUGUGGAGGACGUCCCCGGGAUCUGCACUUACUCCGAGUGGUCGGAUUGGUCCGAGUGCACCGACAAGUGCGGUGGUGGUGUGUCCGCGCGGUCGAGGGCGGUGAUCGCCCAUCAGGAGUCCGACGACGGCAGCGACUGCGACGGCCGCUUCGAGACCCGCAGAUGCAACGCGCAGAAGUGCCAGGUGGCGGCCUGAUCACCGGUGCCCACCGCGGGAUCCCACAGGGCUCCGCAGCCCGAGCAGUGGGCGCGUCCGCGGCCUACUGCGGGGGCCCACGGAUCUCCGCGGGAGGCCCCCGCGCGAGCUUUAGUGGGCACUUGGGGCCACGGCCGCCUCCUCCGAGCAGUGGCGUGUGACCGCCGAGCGCGGGGUCUCGCCGGAGGGCGCUAGCGUGAUGCCAUCGGGACGCAGGUGAGAGUUGGGAUCCCCCUGUUGCGCUUGAUGAUUCUGGGAUGCCAGAGUGGGCUUGUGUUUUCAAGGUGGGCGCAUGCGGUAGGUAGGCAUGCGCAAAAGCAUGCGAGGAGUUUCCAUACCACGGCGGUAUAUCCACCAGCUCUCAAACAUGUUUGGCGGUCCGUUUAGUACGGGUUAGUAGGCAGCGAAUGUGCCGUAAGGCUGGCGAGGAUUGUCUUCUACAUCCUGGGCCAAGGGCAAGGCAAGCUUGGUGUUGAUACAUCGUUUGCGCCCUCCUGAGGAAGGGGGGAGCGGCGAGGUGAGGAGAGUCUGUCGUGGUGUUUCGGCCAUGGUGAGUUAGUCGCUCGUAAGCGACUCCGAAGUCCGAGACGUGCUAAAUCCUACCGAUGCCGGUAGCUCCCGGGGGGCGCACGAAUGUGCAUGGUUUUUCUUGUCCGAUGAUGCGUGCCAG